UGAUGGGUCCGGAGAUGGCGAUACUGUACUUUGGAAAGAAUGAAACAACAAAUCUGGCAGUACUCUGCGCCAAAUAAAUCUACUCGCUGAAGGGUCGGUAGAAAGUUUGUCCAGAAGUUCUGGCGUUCUGAGCAACUUUUUCUUUGGUUAACUUUAUCUCCGAAAGGCAACAAGAGGCUUGAUUCAAAGGCGGGGUGAUGGGGACCCCGGCCAAUUCCCGGAGAAGGUUCCUGUCGAGAGAAAUGUCCGAGGAUGAAAACAUGAUGAUGAUAAUUCAAGAGGCUGAUGCAAAGUCCAAAGCCAAGAAAGCUUCAUUUGCUGAGGCCAAAGAGGCCUGUGCGAAGAAACUGGUGCGACAGCAGCAAGAGGACAUCCAGGAAGACCUUGAAGAGAAGUACAUGGAUGCAGUUCAGUCGAUCGACCAUUUGGAAACUGAGAAGACUUUACUCGUGUAUGAGGUGGAGCAACUGAGAGACAUUCUAGAGAGCACAGAGGAGGAGCUGGCAGAGCUCCAUAGAAAACAUACACAAAUGCACAGGGAACUGGAGACUGAGAAAGUUGCCAAGCACUUAUUGCAGCAGAAGAUUAAUUUCAUGGAGAAGCAGUUGGAGGAGAGAAAGAAGAGCCAGGACACUGAAAUAGCUGCCACAAAGAAUAUGGAUAAGGAUAUUCAGAGCAACUUCAAAUAUCAGGGAAACUCGGAUGCAAAGAAAAUUGAGUUUAAAUCAGACGAAGUGGGGAAGCACAGUAUGGAGCAAUUUCAGGACUCAGUAGCAACCCUUCAAGAUGCAGAGGUGAAACAUUCAGCAAACGGCAGCUUUGAAACCAAAUCCAACAGGCUGCAGAAAACAAAAACAAUUGGAGAUAUCUCCAAUGGAAAGUAUCAAGAGGGAAGUAUGAACAUAUUCACACAACAGGGUGCAGCUGAUACAUGUGUGGAAGAAUCUACUGGUCUGAUUGAGGAUAAUGAGAAUAUAACAGUUGUAGAAAAAAUGAACAGCAUUCAUCAUUAUGCAACUGAGAGAGAAGGAUCAAAUAUAGUUAUGGAAGGCCAUAGAAGUGAAGCUUUAGAACAGUUGGAAUUGGGGAGUGGAAAAAAGGACACAGAAUAUAAGGAAUGCAAGGAGAGAGAACAGAACAAGCUAAUAUUGGAGGUAAAUGAAGUGACUUCAGGGGAAACUGUACACAAAAAGGAAAUGAAUGAAAAGAAAAGUGAGGGAAAUGAGCCUGGAACAAGAGAGGAAGUAUCGAAUGAAGAAUGUUUGAGUAACAGAAUGGAGGGGGGAGUAAGAAAGCAAGUUGAAGAGAAAGAAAUAAUGAUGGAAAUGUGUGGUGGUAAAAACUUGGGGAUGGUAAAAGAAAAGCCAGUGGAAGUUUGGGGAAGUAUGUCAGAGGCUCUUAAGCAAGUGGGUUUGGCACAAGAUCACAAAAUGACCACUGGAAAGUCCAGUUGGGAGGGAACUAUAGAGAAGAAUAGAGAAAUAGCAGCUUCAGAAAUUAGUUACAAAAAAAUGGAAAUGGAUAAUAAAGCUGAAGAAAUAGAAUGUGGUGGAGAAGAAUUGGCUGGUGGAAUUGAAAGCGCUCAGGAUAAAUGGCCAGAGAGUGGCAGAGAGGGAGGGGAGAUCAUCGAACAGUUCCAGUGCAUGACGGGAGCAGUUUCAGACCUUGUGAAAGGUGAAGAUUCUGUGAAUCUGAAACGGGAUGUGUGGCUGGACGAGGCUGAACAGCAUGAAGGAAUGCAUGGAAAGGAGGUAUUUGUGGAUGAGGUUCAGAGUCAAAGAGGUGAGGAAGAAUUAGAGUAUGAAAAUCCUGUAAAGAAUGAAGAAAUGGAUCAACAGCUACAAGUAUUUAUAAAUAAAGUAAAUGAAGGAGAGGACAGCAGGGCAAGAGAGGGAGAGAAUGUCACCAAAACAGUAGAUACGAGAAAAGAUCCAUCACAUGGUAGCAAUAAAGAGUGGAAAGAAACAAAUGCGAAUUUAGACAUGAGCGAGCAGGAAACUGUAAUAGAUGGGCAAGCACACAUAGAAGGGAAGGAAACACAGAAUGAAGGUAGACAAAACACUGGUGGGAAGGAAAAGGGGGCACUUGAUAUGUUGGGGCAACUGUUUAAAAAUAUAAUUACACAGCAGAAGAGUUUCUCUGACUGUGAGGGGAAAGUAAACAGCGACGACUAUGUUGAUGGUCAGAGGAGUGAGACAGAUGGGGAAAGAGAAGAUGAAAUAAAAGAACAGGAUGAAGAAUAUGUACUUGCAAAGCAAGGACAGCACAGGAAAAAAGAGAACAAAGGUAUAGAAUCAACAGGUGGUGAGAUUGAAGAAAAAACGAAUGAUGAGCUGUGUAGGAAGGGGCUGGUUGAUGGUCGACUGGAGCUGACGGUCCCUGAAGGAAACAAAGCAACGACAGAACUCGUUGAAGAAGCCGAAAGAGCCGUGGCUGAUCUAUCUGAUGACGAAAUGCAUGAUGCAGCAGAAAGCAUUGCAUCUGAACCAAAAACAGACACACACAUUCAAGAAAACAAACCAAAGACUGAAGAAGACCCUGAGAGCACAACAACUAAAGAUGAUGUGGAGUUGAGGGAAAAUUUAAGUACUAUCGAGAGCACCAAGCAACACAUUAAACACAGAGACACAUGCCGGGUUUCGUAAAACUGUCAGGUCUUUCAUCUCUGGAAUAUUGAAGCUCAACAUAGGGGAAAGGCUUCUUUAAAGUUAUGUAAACUCUGCACAUGUUUGAAUUGGAUCUUUAAAUAAUCUUAGUAUCAAUUCUUUCAUUUAUAAUCAUUUUUUUAUUUGAAAGGUAAAUCACACUUAAUAAAAGUAAAAAGGUCCAAAUUAA